GCUCCCUCUACUUGACAGACCAGGAGAUAAAACUAUUCCUUGCUCUCAGAAAAAAGAAAAAAAGACAUCUUUUCUUGGGGCUAUCAAUCUUCUUUUCUGCAGUUUGGGAGUUUGUAAUCAGAAGAAGAAGGUGGUGGAUAGAGGUAGCAUUUGGGGAUUGCUUCGUUUUCACUGCUUCUUGUUCCUUCUGCUUUUUUUGCAGAGAAACGUUCUCUCUCCUGUUGUUGUCUGAAAACCCAACAUCUGAAUUUAUAUGAUUUUCUGUUCUGUUCCUCUUUCUCGCUCUGUUUGAACGUGCUCUGUUAAUCCUGUUCAUGGACAUUCUCUUCUGUUCUGGGGAUUUAUUUUCCAUAUUCCUAUGCUUCCAUGUGUAACUGACAAAACCAACUCAAAUUGAAAUCCCCAGAACCAAGUGCUGUUCCUUCCAUUCUAUGCAAGUCUUAGCCACUUCGAAUGGUUUCUGAUUUCAAAAUCCAAUCUUUUCUUCUCCAAACAACCUGACAUUUCAAAAUCCAACAUAAAAGAAAUUGAAGAGAAGAAGUAAAUAUGUCCAGAAGAUCAUCCAAAUCAGUGAAGGGUGAGAAAGCAGAUUUGCAGAAGCAGAUUGGGUGCAUCACGGGAUUGUUUCAGCUCUUUGACCGUCACCGUUUCCUCGCAGGUGGAAGCAAUGAUCAAAUCAGAGAGUUUAGCACUACUAUGCCGAAAGCAAAGGCAAAAAGUCUCAAGGCUGCCAGAGAGAAGCAACAAUUAUCCACGGAAUCAUCAACCAGUUCUGUGUCUACGUCGUCUUGUUCGUCUAGCAUGUCAUCCGUUGAGUUUAGCAGAACAGUUCAGGUAGAAACACCAUCAAUCCCUCGGAUAAAAAUUCCAGAAAUCCCCACUCCAAGAGCAGCACCGAAGCGACUAGAAACCCUAGGCCAUCAAUCUCAUGAUUUGCGAGCUAAUGCCAAAGACUCAAAGCGUAGAGAAGCUCAGGGGCUGACAGUGAAAACUGUGGCUAAAGAGGGCAAGAAGGGAGGUCAUACCUUGAAAUACAUAGACUCCCCCAGGCCUGAACCUUUUCAGACCUCCAAAUCUGUGAAUGCAGGAGUUAUGGUUGCCAAAGAACCCUUGCACAUUCUUCCAAAGUCCCAAAAAGCUCCAUGGGAUUCACCACGACUUUCUUAUGACGAAAGGAUUACACAAGAUACAUUCAAAUCAACAGCGAGACACAAGGAACUCCCAAGGCUUUCCUUGGACAGCAGAGCAGGAUCCAUUAAAAGUUUGAAUGAAGGCACAAGAUCUCGCAAUCUUCUGAAGGGUCCACAGAGAGGGUAUGAAAGCUGCAGCACAUCGAUUAAUCAGCAGCAAGAGCUGGACACCUCGCGAAGACAAUCCAGCGUUGUAGCAAAGUUAAUGGGACUGGAUUCCUUCCCAGACUGCACACAGACUGGUGAGACUAUGGAGACUUCAAGCUAUACUGCCAGUAAAAAGGAGCCCCUGUCAAGAGCUAGCACAAGUGAUGAACGCUACCGUCACCAAAGUUAUGGAUCCCCCAGAAAAUGCAAGGGGUCCCCCUCGCUCCAGCAUGGAAGGACUGGUUCAACCAUGAAUGGCAUGUCAUAUUUGCAAUUCUCGCAAGACCCCACUCCCUGGAGGCAAACUGAUGCAAGCCAAAGCUCCCAAUUUCCAGAUUCUGAUGAUACGGAAUCUGCAAUAAAGGCCACAAGUUCCUCCCACUCUGUAUAUGCAGAGAUUGAGAAAAGGUUGGCUGAGCUCGAGUUUAAAAAGUCAGGAAAGGAUCUCAGAGCCCUCAAACAGAUUCUUGAAGCCAUGCAGAGAUAUAACCAUUCAUUAGGUAUUACAAGAGAUCAGGCUUCAGAUUGUCCAUCUGACAACAUUAGCACAAGCAGUCUCAGUGAAAGCUCAAAAGCACAAAGCCCAAGAAACCGACGAAAGGACCCAAAAUCUAUCUCAACUGACAGGUCAAAUUCACCCCACGAGAGUAAAUUGCCAAUUAUCAUCAUGAAACCAGCAAGAGUUAAAAGAAUUUCAGCAUCACCAGAUAUGUCAAUUCAAGGUAAACCUGGCCCCAGCGAGUUUCCACCUUGUAAUCCCACAAGCAGAAGAUUGGUUGACAGGCAAAAAGAUAAAUAUAUUACUCCAACAAUCAGACAUCUUAAUGAUCCUUCAAGUCAACCCCCUCAUUCAGCCAACAGGAGUGAUAAGAUAACAACCUCAAAAUUGAUGGAAGCCUCAAGAAUUCCUCGACACCUCAAUGGAGAAAACAUCAGCUCUGGUAAUAAAACAGAGACUGACAGCCCAAGACUGCACAAGAAGUUUGGUUGGGAGAGGCGUUCCCUGCCAACACCAUCAAGUUGCAGCAGUGACAGAAGACAAAACAACAGGCGCCCUCUAGAAUUAUCCUCCCCAAGGACAACACCAAGACCAAAAUUCUCAACUUUGCAUGAAGCAAAUGAACACUUCAGUAAGACCAUCUGUCCUAGAAAGGAUUUCAAGGAUAAUGUUGAUGCAAUAUCUCCAGAUUCUUACACAAACAAAAGGCUGGUCAAUCAUAGCAACAUUAGAGUCAUUCACACUGAUCAAUCAGAGACCAGUAGAACCUCCUUCCUACUGAAUGAGCUGAAUUACAAUAAAGCAGCAAAAGGGUUGAGCAACGAAAGCUCUCUGUCUGAAAUAACAGUUAUCACAGAACAACCAAGUCCCAUCUCAGUCCUUGAUGCUGCAUUCUAUAGAGACGACACACCAUCUCCAAUAAAAAAGAAAUCAGCCAUCUCAAAAGAUUCAGAUGAAGCUCAAAAUGCUGACGAUGAAAAGGAGAACUCAACAGAACUUACCAGCACCACAAAAUACAACUUCAGCAAUUGGGCCAGUGAUGGAGACUUAAACACUCAGUAUUUGGUUCAAAAACUUCAAGAAACAGAUUGCCCACACGAUAAAGCCAUCAAUUUCAUUGAAACACUCAGCGACAGUAAAGAUCCUGAUCAUAAAUACAUAUCUGAAAUACUGUUUGCAUCAGGUCUUCUCAGAGGCCCAGGCUCUAGCCAGACACUUCAUUCAUCACCCCACCUGAAUGGCACAAAGUUGUUCUUCGCACUAGAACAAAUCAAGACAAAGAAGAGGCUUUGUAACAUUGAAGACAAUGCCAAGACGGAUGAGCAAAUGCAAAGAAAACUCAUAUUUGAUGUUGUUUAUGAUAUAUUAGUUCAAAAACUGAUAGUUGAGAAUUCCCCUAGUCAGUGGUUUCUUCCACAUGAGUUGGUGGGUAGAAGACUGAGAGGACAGCAGCUUCUAUGCGAAAUUUGCUCAGAAUUUGACAAGUUGCGUCACCAAAAGAAUGCCAGCCUGGCGAAGGAGGAUGCGAAUUCGACAAGCCUCUUGUGGGGAGAUUUGAUGCAUCAACCCACAAUUUGGACAAAGUGCCACAGUGAGAUCCCAAAUUUAGUGUUAGACAUUGAACGGUUGAUCUUUAAAGAUUUGAUAAAUGAAGUUGUGAGAGGUGAAGUAGCAAAUCAUCCUGGCAAACAUUGCAGACAACUGCUGUUUCCCAAGUAGGAAUGAUGGCUAAGCGGUUUUACAAGAAAUAUGGUCUUCAUUUAUCUUCCUUUUUCAGCAAUACAUAAUACUUGACUGACAUUAUAACCCUCGUUUCCUAUGAAUUCAUGCAGAACAAUUGGUGCCUAAGUAACCUCUUCAUUCUACAUGUGUUUAUAUUCCCUUGUUGAUAAAAUACAUGUAGAAAUGCAUAUAAAUGUAUAUAUCAGUAGUCAGUGUGCUGAGCUUUGCAAGUUCUAUUCUAUAUGUCUUCAAUUUA